AUGAUGUCACGCCGAGCAGUUGAUGAGUGCAGGCCAAUUGAACCGUUUGAGCCCCUGCUUUCUACAUUCCAUGUACGUGCUCAACUUGAGUUUAAAACGUUAGGACCAGAGAGGCCAGAAGAGGAAGAAAAGAGACGUGAAAGUCACAGAUACGAUAUUGAGAUCGUAAUCAUAACCAAAUGUGUUGAAAACGACAGUUGGACAAAUAAAGAAGGAUUGCGACAUUCUCUAUAUCGCACUACAAUCCUCGAUCGACAUUCGACGUAG